UCUUACCGGAGGAAUCUAGCAGGAGCACCAGGUCAGAGCGAACAAGCCUUUACAACACAACAGCUCUUAAAACAGAAGCUCUUUUGAAAGGUCCCUUUGCUACUCGUGUGUGUGUGUGUGUGUGUGUGUGUGUGUUUAGCAUGUGCUUCCGGACGUGUAGCGGGAUAUAUUCAGCAGAGAGCCCGUCAUUUAGCAUACGAACACGGACGGUCUGGUUUGCUAACUUUAGCGUCCCGCUGCUUUAACAGAACCGCACAUGCAGCUGUAGUAAAUCGUCUGUUGAUGUCAUCCAUGGCGGCUAACCAGAGCUCCGCGUGCGAGUAAUUUGCGCUCAGUCCAGCUGAAAAGCAACGGCAGGAAAGGACGAAUCCCUCCUACGUGUCACGCGAAGUCAUGAAGGGCUUUUUGAGGAAGAUCCACGGCCUCUUUCUAAAGAUCGCCCUCUUCCCGAGCUCGUUCGGCCACACGGGCCCUCGGCCAGCGGCCUCGGAGGUGCUGACCUGCCACCUGCUGCAGCGCAAACUCCCGCCGUGGACUUCGUUCUGUGUCCGCUACAGCUCCGUUCACAAUGACCAGUUCGGACUGUCCAACUUUAACUGGAGAGUCCAGGGGUCCAACUACCAGAUACUGAGAACCGGCUGUUUCCCCUUUAUAAAAUACCACUGCUCCAAGGCUCCUCCACACAACCUGCACUUUGAGGACACAUUUUUCACCAUUUUGAAAGUUAUUAAUCUGGGCAUCCCUUGUCUGGCCUACGGCCUCGGCUGCUGGAUGGUGGCGGGAGCUGCAGAAACGGUGCAGACGAGCGUUGGACCCGUCACAGUCUAUUUUGCCUACAAAGAAGACGAAGGCGCACAGUACUGAACCACGAAUACAAGUAUUUUUAGUGUAUUUGCAAUAUGCAGUUUUUGCAAAACAGUUCAACUGUUCUGGUGGACAUACUCACUGACUAAGAUGUGCUCUCAUUGUCUGACUGCACACGAGUGUUUGUGUUUCAUUAUUUAAGAUUUAGGAGUUUCAGUUGAGUCAGUGAUGCGCGUCGUUACACUGACACACAAUACUCGCGGUGUUGUAUUCGGAGAGCAAACUUUUAACAUUUGAUGGAAAGUUAAGGACAAUCCACUAAAAAAGAAAGACUUUUCCUGGAUGUUUCGUAAAACGAUGUUAAUGAACGUUGUAUCUGUCUCCAGUGCACAUGUCUUCAGAGUAAAAGCAUUGUGAAAGUACAUACAUGACUGCGAUGAUUUGCCUUUAAACACCCGUCUGGCUCAUAAGGUUCAGAAAGCUUCUGAAGACUCUUAAAAAAAUAUUCAUUUUUGUCCAUAAUAAUUUUCUACAUUAAAUAUAUUAAGCGGAAUUGUUUAUUUUACUCCA